ACACGGCCCCAGCGUAUCAAGAUCCACCGAGGCUGUAGGGCAAGCCAAGACUGCGUCUUCAGAUGUGAAUUUAUUCAGAAACCAGAAUCUUGGAAUGGUGGCUGAUGCGCAGAGCUCAGAUUCAAUGGCUGGCAGGUCAAGUUAUGCUGCCGAAAAGCACGUUGACAGGUGUCUUGACAAAAGAGCCCAGGAAAAGGCUCCAAAGAAAAAUCAUAAAGCUGAACGAGAGAAACUUAAACGUGACCAGUUGAAUGACCUUUUUGUUGAGCUCAGCAGUAUGCUAGAUCAUGAUCGACAAAAUAGGGGAAAAGCUACAGUAUUGGGUGAUGCUGCACGAGUACUGCGAGAUUUAACUACUCAAGUUGAAUCUCUUAGAAAGGAGCAAUCUACUCUUCUAACUGAGCACCAAUAUGUCGGUUCAGAGAAGACCGAGCUGCAAGAUGAGAAUACUACACUCAGAGCCCAGGUAAUAGAACUACAGAACGAGCUUCGUGCAAGGAUCGGAAACAGUAGCCUGAAUCUAAGCAGCCUUGUGGUGUCACAUCCAAUAGGGAGCAGCUGCACUACUAAUUUAGCAACCCACCCAACGCCGCAUGAUACAUGGAGCAAUGUUUCUAAUUUAAGCACCAUGAGCAUGGUGGCCCCAACCAACACACCAUCUCCACUGCAGAAUCAGCAGCAUCACUCUGUUGCUUCUGGUCAGGUUGCAUUACGGCCUCAGGAGCUCCAGCUCUUCCCGGGGACAUCAGCAUCAUCGGACCGAGAAUGUUCCCGGCAUAGAAGCAACCCAGCUACUUCGAGCCUUGCGGAUUCCUUGCCUGGACAGCUUCGCCUCAGCCUUCCACCAACAUCCCAAGAAGAAAGCAGCGGGGGCGGUGGCGCACCGGGAAAUAGAAAAGAACGAAAAACCAGUUAGCCAGUUGACGGGUUACAACAAAUCAGUUCUUGGUGAUAACAGCUCUCUUGUAAAUACCAACAAGCUACUCACCUUACUGGUCCAAACCUACUAGUUGCUCUAUAUGUUUAAAAUAACUUUA